AUGAACAUCACGGGCGCCAACAUCCGCAUCUGGAAUCCACGACCAGGACCUGCCCAAGUUGGAGAAGAUCGUGUGGGAGGGGCAGGGCGACAGGCUGCUCAAGGAGACGAGCAACCACGCCAAAGUCAGGCAGUUUCCUCAGUGCCCAGGAUGUGGACGAAGAUCAAGGAGAUCCACAACGCGGCCAUCAACGCAGACCUCGAUACCCUGGACGCCAAGUCUGACCCGCCGGACAUCCUGACGGCGAAGGACCACAACGGACUCAACCCGCUGCACAAGGCAUCAGCUCUCGGCACAAGGAGAUCGUGGAGUUCAUCGUCCAGAAGAACCAGAGCACAGUGUUUGGCCAGGACAAUAAGGGUCGAACUCCCUUGUACUAUGCUGCCGUGGCCAAGGACGGCGGGGAAGUGUACGAGUAUCUGCUCAACAACGGGUCGGAUCCUGUACAUAAUGACCAGUACCGCAAGACCGCCGACCACUACCGCUGGAAGCCCAACGACCUUGACCUCUCCGUGGUGCACGAGACCCCAGCGGCACCUCGCGACGGGAACUACCUCGACCUCAUCGGGAACGGGAAGUCCAGGGCGCCGUCGAGGACCAAUGGGAGGUCACGCAAUCCCAGCAGAAGGAACUCCGUUGGCGAUGACAAGAAGUCGAAAGAAGGACGCCAAGUCGAGGAGAAACAGCUUGAGUGACUCGCCAACCAUGACCUUCAAAGACAUGAAAGACGUGAGUGACGCGGACAUCGAGCAGUUCAUCCGAGACGGCGACGUGGACAGCCUGGAGUGCGUCGUGGCUGUCCGGUCGCGGGGCGGACCUGCAGGGGAAGUCGUCGUGGAAUGAGCAGGUCCGCAAGUUCCUGAAGAAGGUGCC